AGGAACGUGCUGGAACUGUCUGUCUUAAUUUUGAAUAAUGCACAUCUCCUCACUCUCACCUCCAUGACUUGAGCAUCUUGAUCUCCAUCAGAGAAUUACUCCGUCUUCUGUUGUGCUGAGAUAAGGCACGAAUUCCGUUUCUCGAAGACGCUCGGGACCGGUCUCGCCUAAUUAUCACCCUUAGUUAGAUCAAUCGUCUACAAGAAGCCAUCCAUUCCCCUGUCCCGAGUCUUCAAGUGUGACCAACUAUGUCUUCCCGCCCUUACGAACUUGUCGUCUUUGGAGCCACUGGCUUCACAGGAAAAUACACCUGCGAGCACAUCGUCUCGCAGCUGCCGACCAAUCUGAAAUGGGCUGUCGCCGGCCGCUCAGAGGGCAAGCUUCAAAGUCUUGUUGAAGAGCUCAAGUCGCUCAACCCUGACCGCGUUGCUCCAGAAAUCGUAACAUCUGGACUUGACAAGCAAAGUGUGAACGAGCUAGUGAAGAAGACCAAAGUCCUGAUCAACACUGUUGGUCCUUACAUGCUGUAUGCAGAGCCUGUUGUUGAGGCUUGCGCUCAAAAUGGUACCCAUUAUCUCGAUGUCACUGGCGAGACCCCUUGGGUUCGCGAGAUGAUCAAGAAGUACCACGCUACUGCCAAAGCCAACAAGGCUAUCAUCAUUCACCAGAUUGGUGUCGAGUCUGCACCUGCCGACCUUCUUUCAUGGUCAAUGGUGAACCAUGCUAGACGUACACUCUCUGCUGGCGUCUCGGAACUGGUGUACUCUGUUUACGACUUGAAAGGUAAGCCCAGCGGCGGAACCCUUGCUACAGUCAUGGGUCUGUUCGACAAGUACAGCCUUUCCGAGACGACUGAGGCCAUGAAGCCCUGGUCCCUCUGCCCGACCACUCCUCCUCGCAGCAGUCUUGAAGGUCCUACUCUAUUCCAAAAACUCUUUGGUGUUCGCCAGGUCCGCGAUCUUGGAACCCUGACCACUAGCAUCCAAGGUGCCGCCGAUACUACCAUCGUUCACAGAAGUUGGGGUUUGUUCGAGGACGGCAAUUUCUACGGGCCCAAGUUCAGAUUCAGCCCUUACAUGCACGUUCGUAACGUCUUCACGGGCAUUAUGAUGCACUUCGCACUUGCUUUCGGCAUGCUCGCACUUCUGCUGUCACCUAUACGCUCAAUUCUGAAGCGUGUUAUUUUCCAACCUGGCGAGGGACCCUCGAGAGAGUCGUCCCGUGGCGACAGGAUCGAGUAUCGUGCUCUUGCAACUGUCGACUCAGCCGACCCUAACGAUCCCAAGCGCAUUACUGGUCGCAUGGCAUGGGACGGCUCUAUGUACGCUCUUACUGGUGUAUUCUUGGCCGAGGCCGCAAUCACGAUCCUCAGAGACGAUACUCCGGCUGUUGGCAUGGGAGGUGGCUCUCUGACUCCCGCAACUCUCGGCGCACCCUUCCUCGAGCGCCUCCAGAAGGCUGGAUUGAGAACCGAUGUAAGAGUCAAGCCUUGAUUCAAAUCGAUCAUCGAACGAAACACAGGAGAUGGACGCGAUUCUGUAAAGACUAUAUUGUGCAAUGUUCAUAUCUCAUGAUUACUAGCAUCGUUCGAAUCCCAACUUGCGUCAAGCUGAUUGUUACCAAGCCAUGACUUGACCAUCUCCCUUGUCCGAGAUGCCAGGGUUGGCCCAAUACCUGCCGGUCGUACCAGAAAUGUCACCAAAGCCCAACUUGACAGGGAUUUUGGCACCGUCAAUUGGCUCCUUGGGUGGCUUUCCCAUGAUCCCGCCCAUGUCAGUGUCUACCCAACCCGGACAGCAUGCAUUGAUGGUAAGAUCUUGGUUUUCACGCGCAAGGACAGCUGUGAUGGCGUUGACGCAUGCUUUGCUGACACUGUAGCCUUGACCCUUGUCGCCAAAAC